GGGCGCACCGGGACUGGAGCCACCGAGGCCGGAGCCGGAGUAACGGGACUCGCGGCGGCGGGUCGCGGUCCCGGAGCCCGAGGAGCUGGCGUCGACGCCGGCCUGAAGCCAAGGGUGGGAGCCCGGCCGGGACGCGCGCACCAUGCCCUACCUGCUCAUCAGCACCCAGAUCCGCAUGGAGGUGGGCCCCACCAUGGUGGGCGAUGAGCACUCAGAUCCAGAGCUAAUGCAGCAUCUGGGGGCCUCAAAAAGAAGCGUCCUAGGAAACAACUUUUGGGAGUACUACGUCAAUGACCCCCCUCGCAUAGUCCUGGACAAGCUGGAACGCAGGGGCUUCCGUGUGCUGAGCAUGACGGGGGUGGGCCAGACGCUGGUGUGGUGCCUGCACAAGGAGUGACCCCCUCACAUGAGUAGUAGACGGGGCACCCCUUUGGAGGGGUUGCCAUGGGCCCCAACCUCCCCCCUCCUCCCACCCCCCGACCCAGCCUCACUCACUGCCCUGCCCUUCUCUUCCCAAAUCAUCACUCUCCUUGGCCCAGAACACUGGGCAGUGAACGGCCUUCCCUGAAACCUGCCUCAGCAGGAGGGAGGGCAGGGCCCCUUACCCUGGUGCUCCCUGCUGCCCUUCUGGCUUCAGGCCUGGCCGAGGGCCCUGGAAGGGGCCAUGUUCUGUGGGCAGGCCUAGGGGCCAGCAAAAGCCAGGCUACCCCUGGCCAGGAGCUGGGCAGACCAUGGCCCCAGGACUGGGCAGGAGGGUCUUGCAUAGCUAGGCCAAGCCAAUAAAGCGCUGUGAUGAGUGGUUGGUCCUCUGCUGGGCACUGCCUCUCACCACGCCGAGCGCCUCUCGGGGAGGUCUGCCUGCUCCCGGGGAGGGAGAGCCAGGCCUGGGUGGAGCCCUUUGAGGCAGAGCCCAGAAACAAGGGCCACGCUCAGGCAGGCCAGCACCUCACACCUAUGUAUGCAAUAGAAGUAGACUCUUUAAAAAAAAAAAAAUGUUUAUUGGUGAUAUGUAAGAAACGGGCUGUGGGGGGCAGGGCUGGAGGCUACGUGGGCUGUGCGGUCUUGUCCUCCUGCUGCAUCUGGGCGAUCAGCUGUUGCCGCUCAGCUGCCUGGCGCAUGCGCAUCAUGACGAGGCUCUCGUAGUCCCUCUCAGACAGCACUGAGCCCUGGAGGACAAGGGGUACGCG